ACCUCCUGACAAGACCUGUUGACCUCUUACUUUUCCGUUCCCUUUGUCCAUAAUACAAAAGGUUGUGAUCCACCCGAGGGACGCAAAUCAUGUCGACCAUACUGCGGCGUCUGAAAGCUACCACCCCAAUGAGCCGAAUUACGCUGCCGGCUCGAUGCACGACUCUGCGCAACAUUUGCAUGAGAAGUAACAAGGCUCGACCUAUUCUCAUAAUCUCGAGAUUACCAUCCAGCAGCAGACCCAACGCCGAUACCCAAGGGUCGCACACCUCGAAAGCCGAGGACUCGCCAUAUACUCCCUUCAGUUUUGCCGGACUGGGUGCCACUCGUGCCGUGAAGAUUACUAUCCUAAUAUCCAUCGGCAUCAUUGGGACCGCUGAGACUGUCUUCUGGACGAAGGCAUUGUGGCAUUACUUUUCUGAACCAACCGACGCACAACCUGAGGAGGGGGAGAACGUUCACCAUUAGUAGUGGGGAAAAAGACAUUCUCAGACAUCACAUUGCCCUGGAGAAGAGAUGGACCUGAUAGCACACGGAUCGUCCCAAACAUUCGCACGAAGUGCUUCCACUGAAGGGAUUGAACUCCAAUAAGGAUCUAGGGGGAGU